AUGAAUAAAUGUGUUGGACAGGGGUACGAUGGAUGUGCUACGAUGGCUGGCCAUAUAUCUGGAGUACAAAAAAGAAUUAAUAAUGUGUAUCCCAUGGCUAAUUUUUUCCAUUGCGCUAGUCAUCGUUUAAAUUUGGUAAUAAAUGAUUUGAAUUCUCUUGCUGAAGUUAGAAAUUGUAUAGGGAAAAUAAAAGAAGUUACUACAUUUGUUAGAGAUAGUGCACUUCGUAGAAAUAUUGUAGGGAGUCAUUUGACAAAAUUAUGUGAAACAAGGUUCGUUGAAAAACAUAAAAGUAUCAGACAAUUUAAGGACCAAUAUGUAACAAUUAUUGAAGGCCUGGAAGAAAUAUCAAAAUCCAUUAAUUUCAACAGCAAAACUAGACAACGUAGCUAUGAAAUGCUUACUGCAAUCACUACUCCAACAUUUGUUGUAAUAUUAUCAAUCAUGGCAAAAUAUUCUGCGAAAUUUGAAACUGUAUCAACACUUCUUCAAGCGGUAGAUGUUGACCUGCAAGAAGCUACAAAACAUAUUCAAGACCUUUUAUCAAUGUUAGAAAUAGACCGUAAUAAUUGUGAGAAUCGGUUCAAUACAAUAUUUAAUGAAGUAAAAUUAGUUGCUUCUAAAAUAGAUUUGGAGUUUAAAGUAUUAAACAAGUACAUCGUGAAAACUAUCCAACUAAUGAUGUUGAGAUAUAUUUUAGACAAUCAUUAUUUAUACCAUACUUGGAAUCAAUUAUAA